UUUAUUUUAUUUAAUAAUUGUUACACCUUCUUCUGCCAGAAGAUAUCUCUCUCUCGUCAUGAGCUUAAGUAAAUGAUAACUUGAAAUGUCUUCCUCCCAUUUCCGGCUGCAAUUAAUAUUGGAGAACUAAGAACAAGGAGAUCAUCACAGAUCAAUUUCGCAGGAUGAAGAGUGUUGAGAUGGUAGUUCGAAAAGCUGUGAAAUCAAUAAUUGGGCUACCAGUUGGAAAUCGCAAAUGCGUAUUGAAGCGUUUGAAGAUCAAAAUCAAAUGUGUUAACCAGAAAAGCAUGCGCAACAGCUUUUGCAGGCUCUCGAGUGAGCUAGAUGAAAUAGAGGAAGAUGUGAAAACAAAACUGGAGGCAAAUGAUAAGGAAGUAGAAAUAUCGCAGAAGAUGUGCAGAAGCGAGACAUGGCUUAGUGAGGUGGAGAGAAUGAAAGAAGACGUUGAAGAUUUGAAAUCCGAAUACCAAAAGAGUAGUAACCAGUUGAUGAUGUGUGGAGUUUGUCCAUCUCCAGAUAUGUUGAAGCUUUAUAGAAGGGUCAUGAAAAUAACUGGGAAAAUACAGAAGCUGAAAUCUCAAGUCAGUCAAAAGUUUGUGAUGUCACCAACUCGGAGUAAGAAUCUGAAUCAGCAGGAAGGUGAAGCUGAGACGAAAGGUGAAAUUGUGGAGAUAAGUGAGACAAUGCAGCAGGCUGCAGUUGCGAAAUCUUUCAUGGCUGUGGAUCAGGUUAAUGCAUCUAGGAUGGGAUCCGUGACUGAAGAUGAAAAAAUGCUACCACCAGAACCAGAUGCUGUACCAAUAAAAGAAUCUGAAAUUCAGCUUAUUUGCUCUGAAACGAUGCAUCCCAAUGAGGAGAUGAGAUAUGAGGCUCUAACUUCACAGUCUGAAAGAAGCAGGAUGAAGCCUGGAGUGACAGAGAGUGUGAAACAAUCUGCUGUUGAGCCUGUUGUCCCAAAAACAGCCAUGAAAUCAGGCUCGAGUAUUAUUACAACUGAAGAUCAGUUUUUGCUUGAAUCAGGUUUAGAUGUCAACGAUUCAAUUAUGAGAACUAUGAGGAAGAUUUUUAGAUACAUGAGUGAAGUUACAGCCACAAAAAUUGGUGUUCACGGAAUUGGAGGGAUUGGGAAGACUACUGUGCUGAAAGCCUUGACAGGUUGCCCCAGAAUUAAAAGCAUUUUUUGUGUGAUUAUUUUAGUGUCCGUUUCAAGAUAUUGGAGCACAAGAAAGAUCCAAAAUGAAGUUUUAAAACAGUUGUCAUUGUGUUGUGAGGAUUCUGAAACUGAUUCUCAAGUUGCAGAAAAGUUAUUCCAAGUUUUAAAAGGAAAGAAGUUUUUGUUGCUUCUGGACGAUGUCUGGGAGCAUAUAGAUUUACAGGCAGUUGGUAUUCCUGAUCCCAAUAUAGAAAAUGGCUGCAAAAUAAUAAUGGCUUCGAGAAAGGUAGAUGUUUUGCGAAGCAUGGAUGCAACUGGGGUGAUUGAAGUGGAAACUGUUUCCGGAGAGGAAGCUUGGAAACUUUUUCAUGAACAAGUGGGAGGAAUCAUUGUCUUACCAGCGAUCCAGCCCUUGGCGCAAGCUAUAGUUGAGGGCUGCGGUGGCUUGCCACUGCUGAUCAUUGUCACUGGUAGGGCAUUAGCGGAUGAAACUAAUAUUUCUGUGUGGAAGCAUGCAUCCUGGAAAUUUUCACUUCCUGGAACUACUAGAGUAUGUCAAAUUGAAGAUGUAAUCGGGCUAUUGCAGUUCAGCUUUGAUCAACUGAAGGAUCAUGAGAUGAAGAGUUGUUUCCUUCUUUGCGCUUUGUUUUCAGAAGAUCUAGAGAUCGAUGUUUUUGAAUUCGUUGAAUAUUGUAUACAGGAAGGUAUAAUCUGUGGAACUCUGGCUGAUGCACAUAAAAGGGGAUAUGAUACAGUUGAUGUACUAGUACGUGCUUCACUUUUGCAAGUUUCUGAAGGUGGAGAUUCCAUCAGAAUGCAUGAUUUGAUAAGAGAUUUAGCGCUGCGGAUCUUAGCUUCAGCGACAGGAGAUACCCAGUUUCUGUUGAGAGCUUAUUCAAGAUUGAAAGAGCUAUCAAAUCCAGGAAGUAGUCCAUCAUUCAGGUCACUCAGUUGCCCUGAAAGUACCGGACUAUCUAUUCCUGAAACUCAUCAUUUCUUAUUGAGAGGUGGUGCAGGUCUAACAGAACCACCUUCCGAGGAGGAGUGGAGACAGGCCAAGAUGAUAUUUUUGAUGGACAAUGACUUGCGCACUCUACCUGAGAAACCAAAUUGCCCUGAGCUUUUUAUAUUGUUCCUGCAAGGAAACUCUAAGCUUAGAGCCAUACCUGCUUCUUUUUUUGAUUUAAUGACUUCCCUUAAAGUGUUGAACCUAUCCAGGAACAGCAUCAGGUCCUUGCCAAAGACACUUUUUAAGCUAAUAAACCUUGAGAUUCUCAUUCUCCGUUAUUGUGAACGCCUGGCUGUGCUCCCCUCUGAAGUUGGUUUUCUUGAAAGUCUUGAGGUGCUUGAUCUCCACGGCACAGAAAUUAUCAAGUUACCCGAUGAAAUUGGUAAAUUGGUCUCCCUAAGACAUUUGGAAGUCUCACUUUAUGGAUCUAUCAACUAUACCGAGUACGUUAAACUGCCACAGAAAUUGAUUUCAAGUGGGAUUAUAUCAAAGCUUCACAAGCUGGAAAAUCUAAGUAUUGAUGUGUAUCCAGGAGAUCAAAGGUGGUAUAAGGAUGUGAAAUCUCUCAUAAUUGAGGUCAGCAAUAACUUGAAAGACUUGAGUUCUCUGUCUUGUCAUUUUCCUGAAGUAGAAACCCUCCAGCUCUUCCUCCAAACAAGCAGUGCAUGGAAAACACAACGCUUAAGUGAGUUCAAGUUUGUGGUUGGUCCUGACGUGAAGAGCAUUAUCUCCCGGGUCCCACAUUACAUCAAAUUUGAUUAUCACCAGCACGGUCAAUGCUUGAGAUUUGUAAACAGUGAGAAGAUACCUGAAGCAGUUCUUGAAGUAUUGGCUCGUAGUACUGCUUUUUAUUUAGAUCAUCACCUUGGCGUCCGGAAUCUGUCCGAAUUUGGGGUCAGCAAUAUCAAUCGGUUGAAAUUUUGCAUAAUAAGUGAAUGUCCCAGCAUUGAAACAUUUUUGGAGAGUAAUGAACUUACUGAGACUGUGUUUCCAAUUCUGGAGAACUUUAGUAUGCAUUAUAUGUGGAAUUUGACAAGUCUGUGGGAGGGAAUUGUGCCAGCAGGAAGCUUUGCUGAGCUUAGAAUUUUAACAGUGCAUGCCUGUCCAAAGUUGAAGUAUGUGUUUAGCAGAUUUACGAGUGAGUUCAUGCCGAAGUUAGAAGAGUUGACAGUUGAGGAUUGUCCAGACGUAGAAGAGAUCAUGUUAGAGGAUGAGAAUAUUAUUGAUUGUGAUCAAAUUGCACUCCCCAGAUUGAAGAAGCUGAAGCUUCAUUAUCUGCCUGGAUUAGUUAAUAUUUGGAGAAGCGGUUGGCCCUCAUUAGAACUUAUCAGCUUUUAUGAUUGCCCCAGGUUGAAGAAGAUCACUGGUAAGGAUUCCAAGUUGAAACAUAGCAAAAUGGAGAUUCAGGCGGAGGAGAGUUGGUGGAAUGCAUUAGAGUGGGAAGAUCCUGAACUGCAAUUGCAUCUUCAAAACUGUUUCACUAACAUUUCUGAGGAUGACCUGUAGAAAGAAAUAGCA